UAAUCAGAGAUAACAGAGGACCAUCUCCAAUGUUGCCUUAAAACAGGGUGACAGCUAACUCCUGGGCACUAGUCCAGCCACAGACCACCGACUCCACCGUCAGCCAUGGCUCACAAGUACACAUUCGCCGUGUUAGCCAUCAGCGCCUGCUUCCUCAUGGCCACUGUCUCGGCGAGCGCGAUUGAAAAGAAGCAGGUGGCAGCCCAAGCUACCUGCAGCAGGAGUUCGUUGAACGCCCUGGAGGACCAGAUCAAGAUCUGCACCCGGAACGUGCCCGCCCAGCAGUUCGCCGAGCCUAGUUGGCAGUGUGCCCGCACCGUCACCGGCUGGCUGCAGGAGGACGACGAGUGCGACUUGAGCGUCGUGCCCGACUACCUGGAAGACUGCUUGUACAGCUUCGGCUUCAUCGGCAAGCGCUCCAUCCAGCCGGCCGUGGCCUGCAUCAAGAACGCCAUCGACUCUGAAAUCUGCUGCUAACGGCCGCACUGCCUGCCUGAUUUUAUUUAUUCAUUUUUAAAAUGUUUAAUUAAUAAACGUUUUUGAGAGCGGUUA